AGAUCAAUUAUAGAAGGGAGGAGGGAGUAAAAAAAAACUACUCAAUUUCUAGCCAACUAAACUUUUCGUGCAUUGCGGGCCGGGGAUAAAAGAGGGAGAAACACAACUGCCAUAGCAAGCGGAGAAGAGAAAUGAUGAGAACGAGGGCGUUGUGGUUCACGCUGGGCUUCACCUCCGCCGCGACGGUGGUGGCUCAAUUCGUGCAUAAGGAUCUGCUCAUUGAUCGCCACUCUCUCUCUUCAGAGUUGAAAGCAAAAUUUGGAUCCUUAGAAGGAAGAGUCUCAAGUCUCGAAACCGCGCUUCAAGACAGCCCCCAACAUCCCCAAGAUGGAGCUAAUUAAGAGGUGAAGGACUGGAUCUCUUCAAGGAAAUUAUCUGUUUUGGUAAUAAAAUCUCAAGCAAUAUUUCUUUCCAAUAAAGCUUGAUUCCUGCCUUGCACUAGUCGUCCAUUGUUCGUCGCGACUUCUGUCUCUUUGCAACUAGGAAUCAAAACAGAUUGAUUGUCUGUCUUUCUAAGCUUCACCUUAUGCCAAAAAGGUAUGUAUUGGUUGUUGGCCUUCUAUGUUAAGUACUUCUACAAUUGAUGAUUUUGACAUUGGCCUAUACCACCAAUGCGUUGCGGACAUUUGCCGUCUUAUCUCAGUUUGAAUUUAAAACUCAAGUUGUGGAUAGAUUAUACCUCGUCCUAAAAUAAACUUUACAUUUUCGU